AUGAUUUUUAACUGGGCGACGCAGCAUAUGGUAGACGAGCAAAUCAUCGAAGAAGAAGAAGAAAAUUCAAAUGAGAAGCCAGGAAGAACCAAGAAAAGGCUGAUCACGAAAGAAGCAAUGGACGAACUCGCGAACCCUGAAAAAUUAUCGACAGAAAUCGUUCCAUCUCUCAGCUUGCAAAUCGUCGACGACGCCGUUUUCUUUAUUUCCUCGGGAAUCGAAGCAAUCGUAGAAGAUGAAGUAACGCAGUGUUUCCACUCGCAGCAGAUUAGGGGCUGGAAUCUUUUAGCGCGCACGAAUAACUUCAGCUUCUUUAACCUGGGCCUCCGAAUGUCCAUUGUCUGGAUCGGCGGCUUUGUCUGGCGCUGGAUGAUCAUCUUCCCCUGGCGCCUUGUCGUUUGUAUUGUCGGCUGCCUUUGGAUGAUGAUCACCAUGUCUAUAGUCGACUUCAUCUGGCUUUCUCCAGAGGCAAUAGAGUUUUGGCGGUCAAUGCCUAAAUUCUGGCCCAUCAGCAUCAUCGGUCACCAUUCGAUGCGUCUGAAAAUGGCUUACUGGGCGAACAUCGUCACCUUCAGAAUUUACACGCGCGCUCUUGGAGCUGUUGUGAACUAUCACGCCGUCGAAAAUCUUCCGAUGAACGGGUCAGUGUGUGUUGCUAACCACACGACAAUCCUUGAUGUUGUUACGCUCUCCAAUCACAGACCGUAUGCGCUCAUCGGCCAAGCUCAUGGUGGUGCGCUCGGCUGGUGGCAGAAAAGACUAGCCAGGUGUACAAAGCACAUUUGGUUUGAGAGAACAGAACUGCGCGAUCGACAAGUAGUGACGAGCAAGCUUCGCGCUCACUGCGCCGAUCAUGACAACUACCCGCUGUUGAUCUUUCCCGAAGGGACUUGCGUCAACAACACGAGUGUUUUGCAGUUCAAAAAGGGCAGUUUCGAAGCGUGCGACCGUGUGUACCCAGUGGCGAUCAAAUACAACCCUUGGUUCGGAGACGCGUAUUGGAACUCGUCGAAGUAUGGGAUGCUGCAUUAUUUGAUGCGCGUUUUCACAAGUUGGGCAAUUGUUGCUGAUGUCUACUACUUGCCUGUAAUGCACAGGAGGGUGAUGGAGUCGCCAAUCGACUUCGCGAAUAGAUGCAAGAGCGAAAUCGCCCAAGCUGGUGGCCUCGUCGAUAGAAUAUGGGACGGCCAGCUCAAGCGAUCGCGCGUGAAACAAAACCAGAAAGAUGCCGUCAAGGGCGAUUUGGGAAAGAUAUUCGACGAACGGCUUGUGUAUAAAAGAAAUUUGGACAAAAAAGUUCCCUAUUAUGAAUCAAGCACAGACGAAGAAAGCUAG